UGAAAUUUUGGCCAGUAGCUAGUGCUCCAGUAACAACUAUGUAAUAAUACGAAACAGCAAACAGAAUUGGAAAUCAUUUGUUUGAGUUUAUGAUAAAGUUUAACAAGUGUUGACAAUAAAGCAGAAUUCCGUUUAAGUGAUUAACACAAUUAGUGUAUUUCAUUUAUUUGAUUAAGAGGCUAGCAAAUACUGGAUUAAUAUAAACUAUUUCGGCGUUUCUUUGAAACAGGUCAAUAAAACUUUGGUCUAUUUGAAAUUGAAAUAAAUUUAUUUAAACUUUACGACUGUUUGUCUAAUAGUUCAUAUAAAAUCAGAUUUAAAAAAAAUUCAGUGAUUCACAAGUUUGUUACGACGCUAGCAUUUUCAUGCUAAAAGAUGGAGAUUCAAAUAGUGUGUGCCAUAUUUUUGACAACAACCGUAUGGUUUGAAAAUGUACUCUCUUUCCCGAUGUCGUCGAUCUGGUGUCCGCUGGGCAGAUACCCAGCUGAAGGCGGACAGUGUAAAAUCUGCUAUGAAAAUUGUGGGGAAGAGGGAUGUUCGGGUCCGGGUUCGCAUCUAGGACAAGGAGGCUGCAACUCGUGUUGGCUUGGAAUCCAGCGCCACAGAGGCCAAGUUCAAUGCAUGUCUCCGUUCAAAGCCUGUCCUGACGGGUUCUAUCGGAAGUCUACUUCACACAACGGGCAACCUGUUACUGUCUGUACUCCAUGCCAUCCCCUGUGUAAGACAUGUUCCGGUGCCGGCAUAUCAAGCUGCCUCUCUUGUCGCUUCUUCCGAUGGGAUGGACUCUGUGUACGCGCAUGUCCAUUGGGCUCGGUGAUACGUCACGGAUCAGUACGCACCUGUAUGAUCACCGGGGCCACCUAUACCGGAAGAUCAAGUUCCAGAAACUCGUUUUAUUUGGUGCCGUACAGAGACAGAUUUCGACAAGGUCCUUAAACAUUGGACAAAUUUCAUAAAUAUUCGACAAAGUCGUUUAACCUGCGACAAGUUUCAUAACCAUUCGACAUGGUCCUGAGACCUAAAACAAUCGACAAGAACCUGUUCCCUUAAACAUUCGACAUGGUCCUGAGACCUUAAACAUUCGACAAGAACCUGUUCCCUUAAACAUUCGACAUGGUCCUGAGACCUAAAACAAUCGACAAGAACCUGUUCCCUUAAACAUUCGACAUGGUCCUGAGACCUUAAACAUUCGACAAGGUCCUUAAACAUUGGACCGACUGUAGAAAAGGACAACAGUUGAGCAUAACAGUGUACAUGUUUAACUUCUAUAUUGUAUACUUAUGACAACCUGUGUCACAGGGUUAUUGACCACAACAAGUGGCUAUAUUUGUCACGCAUGACUAUCAUGUUAAUUUGUAGAGCCGUCAAGAUAGGCUCAAACUCAAGGCACAUAUGGUUACCUCAAACCACUUGAUUCAGUCGUAUAUAGUUUAUUGUUUCACAAUUAUGAGUCGUAAUUUUCGACGAAUUGUGCAUUUUGUAAUGCUACAGUAACUUGGCAUAACGUAUGGCAUAAUUUGCCAUGAAACAAAAUUUGGAUCCUACAAGUUCCUACAUGAUCCAUUAUACACGAUCCUUCAUCAUUCGAGAUCAUCCGCCUUAAAUGAUCCAACAUGACCCAUUCGAAAUGAUCAAACAUGAAUCUAUCCUACUAAACCUCACAUGAUCCAUCAUACAUGUAAAUGAUCAAAAUCGAUCCAAUCUACACGAUCAAUCCUACAUAAUCCACUCUAUAUGAUUCUACAUUAUCCCACAUGAUCCAUCCUGUAUACCAUAUCAGAUCGUACAUUAUUCAUCCUAUAUUGUCAUAUAGGAUCCUUCACAAUCCAUCCUAUAUCAUCAUACCAGAUCCUACAUGAUCCAUCCUACAUUGUCAUAUAGGAUCCUUCACAAUCCACCCUAUAUCAUCAUACCAGAUCCUACAUGAUCCAUCCUGUAUACCAUACCAGAUCCUACAUGAUCCAUCCUACAUUGUCAUAUAGGAUCCUUCACAAUCCACCCUAUAUCAUCAUACCAGAUCCUACAUGAUCCAUCCUGUAUACCAUACCAGAUCCUACAUGAUCCAUCCUACAUUGUCAUAUUGGAUCCUUCACAAACCAUCCUAUAUCAUUAUACCAGAUCCUACAUAAUCAAUCUCACAUGAUCAUAUAGGAUCCUACAUGAUCCAUCAUACAUGAUCAUAUCAUAUCCUAUAUUAUCCAUCCUACAUUAUCAUACAGGAUCCUUCAUGAUCCAUCUAACAUGCUCCUACCUGAUUCACUCUACACGAUCUUACGUGAACUAAACUGAUUCAUCCUGCAUUGUUCUACAUUAUUCUAUAUUAUCCUGCAUAGGAUAUACCACUCUAGAACGAUAUCUUUAUUGAGUAAAUAGUAUAAGUUUAACUGUCAUCAGACACAUUGUAUACCCUGAGUGGUUGGAGAUCAUAUGACAAAGCAGGUUUAAAAGAUAUUUUUCAGUCGGACAUGAGGUAGAAAUGAGAACCAUAACGUUUUUAAUAUCCUUAAAAUGAACGAUGCUAGGAAUUCAAGGGCACGAUGACAACAUAAGACUAUGCAAUCGUAACACCUCGGCCAUCUCCGGUAAUAUUCGUGAUAUAUCUCGUAAAUAGGGUUCAAUAUUCAUGUAUAUGACAAGCCGAUAAGUGAUCAUGUGAAAGGAGCCGGCGACUGAAUAGUUUAAGCCCGGAAUUAUAGAUAUUCUGGUUUUUCCAACCUAAUCCUCCGGUACAAACAAAAUUAAACCGUUGUAAUAUACACACGUUACUUCGGAAACAAUAGAGUCACUGGACUGUUACAUGAAUUUCAAUAGCUCGAAAUUCACCUUUUAUUUGUACCGGCAUGGGAAAACCCAGUUUUCGGUAAUUCCGGGCUAUAUAUAUUAUCAUUACUCUGAGUAGACCAAUUCGAUUACGUUUAACAAUGUACUGAAAUUCGUGUCGUAAGUACGCUUUGGAGAAAAUGAACUUACAGGACUGGUAUUGUGUCACUUAUUUUCCAUCCUAAAAUAUUAAUUAUGUCCCUUAACGGUUGAAAACUCUUUAAAUACGUUUUUAAAUUAGGAGGCGCCAUUAUGGACUGUUUACAGACCUGUGUUAUGUUCGAGAACUGUUGGAUAAUGGCCGAGGUAUUCCGAAUACACUAUUCAACAACUCAAGCGAUAAAGUGGGACGAGAAAAGUUUUUUUUAACAUAAUUGCCACACUUUCAUCUAAAAUACAGGAUGAUUUUAAUAAGCAUCUGCCUACGUACAUUUACUCUCUUUGCGCCCACCACACAUUUUCUUUCGUCCUGUUGCACAGCUUCGUGGUAAAUAAAGUUGUGGAAAUCGAUUCUGUCCGGCUGAAAAAUGUCUAAACUAUCCACGAAAUGUCUAACGUUUAAAGUAAGUGGUAUGCUUACCGUGGUGAUAUUGGAUAACAACAAGACUUACAAUAGAACUAUUGGUUUCCUAAAAUUGGUAUGUAUGUAUAUACUAUUUAAAAAAAUGCUUUUAUUUACUUUCUGUAAAAGGAACUAGACAUGUGUAUUCAAAGUUUUGCAUUUUUUUGUACUUUUUUAAUUAAAAAUGCAUUAAAGUCCUAAAGAACAAUAUAAAAAAUGCAAUUAUACAUAGAACAAUCAAACGGAAGGACGGAUGGACGGACGCAGCAGCAAAUGAUUGUAUGGGAGAAUGCACGCACGCACGAACGAACGAGCGAAUGAAUGAAAAUACGAAUGAAUGAAUUGAUAAAUGGAUUAAAAAAAAAUAUGGACGAAAAUUAAUGGCUGAAUAAAUGAAUAUUUAUUAGAUUAAUAAAUAUAAUAUAAUAUAUAUGCUAAUUCAAUAAAUAAAUGGAUGACUAAAUGACUUGAAGAGAAAAAAGAAGAUUAAACGUAGAAGGAUUUAUACGAAAGAACAUUAACACGAAUAAGGAAAUAAAAUAAAGAAUGGAAAGAAAGUAACAAAUGAGUCGUUAGAAAUUGCCCAAAUAAUCGAUAUGCAUAAUGUUAUUCAUUUUAUUCGAUUGUUUUAAUUCUUUUAUUUAUAAUAAAUAAACUUUGGUAUUGAAAAAAACUG